UGUGGGUGCCCAUGGGAUAUCUGCUGUAAACUGUCCCAUGUUCUGUCUCUGUUGUCUGGAUCAUGCGUUUUCUACAGAUGACCACCUGAAUCCUCCUCUCUACUGUUCUUCACCUGUAUAGUGCCCUGUACUGUACGCUGCCUGCCAAAAUGGACCCAGUCAUUCAACCACCCGGCCGUGAGAGCCAGGCCCUGUCCAGUGGGAGGACAGCAGUGCAGGAGGGAAACUCAGGAACCCAAGACCUUGUUGACCCAAGCUUACCUGUCCAAACCACUCAUCUGUCAUCCAACAGUGACAAUGUCCACACUGUCUGUCCUCCAGUGCCUAAGGCAGACAGUACUUUUGCUGCCUGUCCGCCAUACAGAGCUCACAGUGACAGUGAUGGGAGGUUAACCAGGGAGGAGCUGCUAAGCCAGAGAGACCUGGCAGGAGGGACACCCUCGACUGUGUGUCAGCCACAGAUCUCCUUGGUCCAACCAGACAUGACAGCAUCCACCCCAUCAGAAGAGCCCCCACCCUACAGCCCACCUGACCCCAAGAUGGCCUAUAUUAUCUAUCCCCCACAACCACCUCACUACCCAGGACCCCCUGUCAUAGCCUGCCAGCCAGGACCCAACCAGCCAGCCUUCUACCAGGCCCAGUUCAUGCCUUCACCCAGCUACCCUCCCAACACCAUAUACAUGAGCGGCCCUCCACUGGGGGACGAGCGGCCUCCCCUGCCCAAGGACUACAUGGUGGAGUCCCUGCUGGUCACCAUCUUCUGCUGCCUUAUGAGUGGCCUCAUCGCCCUUUUGUACUCAUAUGAGACCCGUGCUGCUCUGGCCAGAGGGGACAUGAGGGAGGCAGAGAGGGCUUCCCAGAAGGCCCGUUUGCUGGUGUUGUUCAGCCUGAUGUUUGGGGUGUUUGUUUGUGUGGGAUGGAUCAUAUAUGUAGUGAUAUCUCUCUGUGCAUAGCGAUUUGCACCUGAUAAACAUCUACUCAUUUACAUUUGAGUAAUUUAGUAUACGCUCUUAUCCAGAGUGACUUACAGUUAUUGCAUUAAUCUUAAGAUAGCUAGUUUUGACAACCACAUACACUCCCCCCUUUGUUGCUAUAACAGCUUCCACUAUUCUGGGAAGGCUUUCCACUAGAUGUUGGAACAUUGCUGCGGGGACUUCCAUUCAGCCACAAGAGCAUUA